AACUUGUACGGACGUAUAUUCGGCUUUGAAACAUAGAAUUUCGUUUUUUUGUUUGGUUUUUAUAUGAUCUAAAAGAAAAAAGCUAUAUUCGGAUCUGCGAUAGGUGGAAGGUGGUGUUUUUUGUUAGAUUUUUUUUUUCAUGUUUGAAAGGAUUAGGGCAACAAUGAUUUCCUUCUGAAGGGUUUUUUUUUUCUUUAAAAGGGAAAAGAUCUUGUUUUGGUUGACUUUUUUUUAGUAUUUUAAUAAUUUAAUGAUCCAAAUCUGCCAACCAAACCAUGAGGAAGAAGCUUGAUACCCGUUUCCCAGCUGCUCGCAUUAAAAAGAUUAUGCAAGCCGAUGAAGAUGUAGGGAAGAUUGCGUUAGCAGUGCCUGUUUUAGUUUCUAAAGCAUUGGAAUUGUUUCUACAAGACCUUUGUGAUCGUACAUAUGAGAUUACCCUUCAGAGAGGAGCAAAGACCAUGAAUUCAUUACAUUUAAAGCAUUGUGUACAGAGCUAUAAUGUAUUUGAUUUUCUGAGGGAAAUUGUUAGCCGGGUUCCUGAUUAUGGUCAUGGUCAUGGUCAUUCCGAUGCUGUUGCUGCUGCUGCUGCUGAUGACGAUCGAAGUAUUUCAAGGAGAAGGAAAGCCGCCGGAGAUGAAGUCCAUGACAGUGAUGAAGAAUCAAAGAGGAGCAGAAUUCAUGAUGUGGGUCAUGUAGGGACCAUUGGUAGAGGGAGAGGCCGGGGACGAGGUCGGGGACGUGGAAGAGGAGGUCGAAAUGUGGAAAGAGAUGCUCAUCGUGAAAUAGAACCUGAACCCUGUGCAACUCUUCAACAAAACAGCAAAAGUCAUCCAACCCCUGGAAUGGUGGUAGAUGAUGGUUCUGAGUCCAAGGAACCGAUAAAAGAGAACACAAUUGCUGAAGAUGCCAACCAAGCUGUUCGGAAUUUUGAUCUGAAUGCAGAGGUAGAUGAGAACGUGGAAGCAAAGCCCACAGUGGGUGCUGCUACUGCUGCUGCUCCUGAGCCGGCAACAGCAGCAGCAGCAGCAGCUCAGGCUUCUUCAGCAGAACCAAUAACUGAAACUAAACAUGAAGAAUACCCAGGCUGGUCUCUUUCAGACAUGGACAAGAUGGCCAUUGAUCCUCUUCAACUUGCUCAGCUUGGAAAAAGGUUAGAUGAGGAUGAAGAAGAUUAUGAUGAGGAAGGGUAGGGCUAAGUAGUUAGGGGGCAAGGCUCUUAGGAAAGUUAGUGUUGCAGAUCAGAUUAGAACUCAAGUAGAAAGGUCAAGAAAAGGAAAAUGUCGAAAUGACCUCAUUGGAAUAUGGAAGUAUAUCCUAUGUAGGUCUCUCUCUCUCUCUGUCUGUUUAUCCUUGUCGUCAUUCACUGUAUGUUAUAAUUUGCUAACAUAACUUUGGAAUGGUAGCUUCCCACACCAACGAGACACCUGUCUGGGAACUUGCUCGUUACUCAACGAGAGGACAUGGCUUUUUAGUGUAAUAGAAUUUGCUUCAGAAAAUCUAUGUUGAACUAUUGAUCA